GCAGCUUCUUAGAGUUUUCAUAUGCUUCAUUUGAGGAAGACCAGCUCUGCUGUGGUGAUCCUUUCACCUGCCCAGCCUGCACGCCGGAAAUGUUGGCUGUUUCAGCCGAUGGAAACAGAAAGCUAUAUCGCUUUUGCCGAGACACAAGGUGAUCUUUUGUUUCAGUCUUUUUAUUGAUUUAUUUAUUUACUUUAUAUAUUUAAUGGAAGUAUUUACUAUUUUUCUUUCUUCGUCGGCUCUGAUGAUCCUGCCUUUUUUGAGGGGCUCUUUGUGGCUGAAGAUGUUGCGGUGUCUAGAUUUGUGGAAACCAUACAGAAAGCAGUGAGAAAUGCAAGUUUCUCCCCUCUUCAACUACUUCUGCCAACCAACUACUCCAAAAUCAAAUUGAGAGAAAAAAUGCCAUAUAUUUUAUGACAGCAUUGCUUUUAUUUGAUUUGUUGUGUUUGUUAUGUGUGUCAGGGAAAAGGCACAUUUGGGGACUCCCAGUGGACAGCAGCGAGGGAGACCUCAAGGAGGGCUUCCAAAUUGGAUGAAGAGACGAUGGAGGUUGCAGUGUGUCGCCACGGAUUCCUUCUGAAAGCUCUUAAUAUGUACAGGGAGGAGAUAUUUGCCUACCCUCUGUAUCUUCAGAAGGAGCUCAUGCCAGCCAAGGCGCAAUUCUUUGCAAUGGAUGUGGCUUGCAAAUAUUGGCCAUACUUGGAGAAAGCUGCUAGUGUCCUUCCUGCUCUUCAGGAUCUGACCACAAUGAAACCUUUCCUCAGUGUGAUGCAUGCUCAAGCCCAUGCUACUAAGUGUGAAAUUAAAUGGAGUGGUAGGAACCAGGAAGGAGCAGGGACAACUGCCGGUGAGGAGGUCGAGCAAGUGAACAGCUACCUCUCAUGUUGUGCCCUGACAACCAAAUAUAUGUCCAAAGCAGCACGGGUGGACAUGCUUACAUUGCAUGCAAUGGGGUGGAACCACAAAAAAAGUCUCUCUCUACAUCAGUCACUUUAUUUCAACAAGAUAUGUGAAGACUUGUCAGAGACUCCGAGAUGAAACGGCAAGGCUAGCUGAAUUAAAAACUGAGUUACUUUGCACAGAUCAAGUGGUGUCACAGCGGCUUUCUGAUGUGAAGGAACGGGCAGCUGGCGUGUGACGCCUCACAUCAAGCAGAAGAAGAAAUGCAUGAGGACCAGGAGCUACCAGUUGCGUGCCUGUUUUACAAUGAAAUCAGAAGACAAUGUUGUGUCGUAUAAACCGGGUGUGUCAAUAAUUGUAAUACUUUGUUCAUUGAUUAUUUUUGUUUCAGAUGUGCAUUUCUUUGUAACAGACAUGGCUCUAGCUUCAGAUCCGAAUACUUUCUCACCCAGAAUGGUAUUUCCUGUGGCACUUUUGCCAACCCCUGUCUUGCCCAGGAGGACCAAGCGCAAUGGAUAUUUACCUGUAAGAUAAAACAAACUGUUUUAAGGUUUGAACACAGGCAUUCACAGAGAAGAGGUCUAUUCCUAGUUGAGGCCAAACAAAGAGUGCAUGUGAGGUGUGUGCUUAUGGAGUGGAGUCCUGAUGAGUGUGGUGAUUGGAGACAGGUGGUGCUGAUUAGAACUCUGGGGAGAGAGGGCGCUGACUGUUGGUGACAGAGCCUGGUGUUCCUGUGAUAUUACCCCCGACCCCCCCAAGGUCCGCUCCUGAGGACUGCUGACCUCGACGCUGCGGCCGACCCCUCUGACGUGGAGCUGGGCACUGGGGUGUGAACGGUGGAAUUCCGCCAGGAGGGCCGGGUCUAGGAUAUCCUCCCUGGAUACCCAAGAUUGUUCUUCAGGCCCGUAACCUUCCUAGUCUAUGAGGUAUUCGAGGUGACCUCUGCGGC